ACACCAACGGCAGUAUAUAACCAGCAAACCCACCAUCAUUUUGUUUCUGGAUAUCAUUAAUAACCGACGUAUAUCUCUCACAGCUAAGUAACGUAUAUCUCGACUACGGAGUAACGAUAUCUCGCCAAUCUAUCCAAAAAGCACCUGCCUCAGUCAUUGCUGGUUCCGCAAGCCGUAUUUUAACCCUUUUGCACUUUUUUUCGGCUCAACCCCUACUCAGCAUCCCAUUAGUCAGGACACGUUCGCCAGUCACUCUGAUAGCCAUUGUUUCGUCAUUGAACCCUUUGAGAACUACCCCUCCUUUUACCCCACCUCAACUUCUCACUUUCGUUCAAGCCCAUGACCACCAAUAAACCCUCUGCCAAGCUCCCUGUGCCGCCGUUGUCGUCGACCACCGCACAACUCUUGACAGCGCUCCAGCCACUCAUCCCAUCACAGCCCAUCUACGACCAGUUGCACGACGCGACAAUCAACUUUCUCCACUCGCGCACGGCGCACGUGUUGCAAAAGCACUUACUCGCGAUCGCAGAGCGCGAGGAAUGCUAUUUAAACGACCGCAAGUAUAUUGCUAAGACAACGCCGGGAAUUUAUGGCAAAUUACGCGGUGAUACGCUCCCGCGUAAUCCGUUCCUCCUCUUGGAGAAAGACCCGUUGUCGUUCACCAUUAAAAAUAACCAGCCCAUCAACCAGCAGGAGCGAGCAGCGUCGCUCGUCUUCUCCGCCGUCAAGUUCAUCGGCGCGGUGCGCGACGGCGCGCUUUCCGGCGAUGUCACGCGCAACUCCAGCGUGCAGUUGGAUAUGGAAAACUACACCAAAAUGUUCAACUCGUGCCGCGUGCCCAACGCCGCAACCAAGGAUAUCGAUGUGGCUUUCUUCGACAACAAUACCGCGCGCCAUAUCGUGGUCGUAUGCAACAACAACUAUUGGAAGGUGAAUGUAUUUGCGCCGACGACCGCCGAGUCGCCCGACCGCCAGAGCGUGUACUACACCGAGGCGGAGUUGUGCACGAUCUUCCUGACGAUUAUCGUGCGCUCACAAGAGACUACCGCAAUGGGCAUCGGCUCAGUCACCACUGAGACGCGCACGGAGUGGGGUCACCUCAUCCCUGAACUCACUGCACAGGCGCCGUGCGCGAUGCAGAGCAUCAACCUGGCAUUGUUUCUCCUCAUCUUGGACGACAGCGCGCCAGAGACGGAUGCGGAAAAGCUCGCCACGAUCCCACACGGAACGUCGAGCAUCGUCGGUGGUAUCCAGCGCGGUUCGUGCACAUCGCGCUGGUAUGACAAGUUGCAAUUAGUGGUGUGCGCGAAUGCGGCAGGUGGCUUAGUGUGGGAAAACACGUCGAUGGAUGGUAACUGCGUGUUGCGCUUCAUUGGCGACGUGUAUACUGACGGGAUCCUCCGUCUUGCAAAAAAGAUCAACGGCGGAGAGUACCUGUUGUUCCCCAACAUUCCCGUUUCCUCCGUGCCCGACGAUGAAGGCGUGGUUCGUUUGCAGUUCAACAUCAAGAACGAGCUCUCCUACAUGAUCCACCUCUCAGAGACACGGUUGGCGGACUUGAUCCACCAACACACAUUCCACACGGCGGAACUCAGCGUACAAUCUAUCACGCACAUCCUCAAGUUCUUUGGCAUCUCGCUCGACUCUCUCGUGCAGAUCGCAACGCAGCUCGCACACUACGCAUUGUACGGCAAGCUCGUCAACUCGUUGGAACCUAUAUCCACUCGCAAGUUCGCGGGCUCGCGCAAUGAGUUGAUCGCGGUGCAGUCGGCGGUGGUGGAGGCGUGCGCGCGCGCGUUCAUCUCUAAGGACGUGGCGGACGCGGAAAAGUGGGAGCUCUUUACCAAAGCGUGUGCGCAGCACAAAUUGAGCUACAAGAAUGCCAUCAGCGGGCACGGUUGGGAGCGCCACUACAACGCGUUGAAAGCGAUCUACCUCAACCGCGAGGCCAUCAACAGCAGCCCGGACACCGUCGACGCAAUGAAGAUCCCGCUUCUCGACCCGAAGAUGGAGGAGUUCUUUUUCGGCAACGAGGUGCUCGCAAAGAUCUCGGAGCCCGAGAUUAUCAUCGCCAAUUGUGGCAACCCCGCCAUUAAGUACUUUGGCAUCGCACCCGCCGUCGCCAACGGCUUUGGUAUUGGCUACAUCAUCAAGCCGAACAGUCUGAGUGUGUCGCUCGUGGGGACCUCCCAGUGGCGUCAGACCGACCGUUUGUUCGACACGGUCCAAUGGGUUGUGCAGUGCGUAAAAACGCUCGCAAAGGCUGCCUUUGCAAGCCAGGCCACCGAGUCGCUCUUGCUCUAUGGCGAGCCCGGUAUGGGUAGUGCUGACGCCUUGGGCGCUGUCGCCAUGACCAGCGUCCAGAGCGAUACCACUGCGCGUCUCAUGGAGGUGUCACGCAUGCGCUCCUCCCAUCGUCGCCGCAGCGUCCACGAGGGCUCAUCCGCGAACGCCGUCCCGGGCACUGCCAGCGUGCUUGAUAAGGGCGCGCGCGCGGCUGCACUCCCCGCAUACUUGAACAAUGAGAUUGCGUUGUCCGCGCAGGACAUGCACCGCGACAACACCAGCGCAUCGUCGCACGGCACCGCCACUGAGUACAUUUUGGGCGGCUACGGCUUCUUUGACGGCGGUGACUUGGACUACUUGAAAACGGACUCCAUGUCACGCCUCAGCUCCCACUUGCAGUCUGCCGUCACUAGCCGUCUCCACUCGCGCUCUACAUCCGCGCUGAAUUUGUACCAGAUGGCGCGUGGGUUGCGCUCACGCUCGCGCACGCCGCUCACGCAGCCCUCCACCGCCGGCUUGGAGGAAGACACCGACGGCGCCCACGCAGCCUUCUUGGGUGAGGUCAUGGAGAAAGUCGAGCGCUUGCGCGCUAACGAUCUGGGCGAGAUGAAGCGGGGGUAGCUAAAAUGACGAAUGUGAGCAAUGGUAGCAUUGCAUAGGAUAAUAAACAGGCAUUAGUAUAUUUGCAAGGCCGGAGAUGGUGUUGUUCUGGUUGGGGCUGUAUACUUGAUUGUCUAAAGGUAUAUUUCGUGUUAUCUGAGAUCGGGAAUCACGCCGAGAAUCGCCAUUAAUUAAGACUAGGGUCAGUUGUAAUUGGUGCUAAUAUAGGAUUAGUAUUUAUCAGCUUACAAUAAUGGCUAUAAUAUAUUUGAUGCAUA